AUGAGGCCUUAUCGUUUUUUUGUUCUUGCCUUGUUUACAAUAUCAUUAUUUCUAUCUAUCACAAUAAUAGAUGCUGUACCAAAAGUUGAUUUAUAUAGAAGAGAAAUAUCCACAUCAAUUCCAAAUAAGAAACGUUUUAAAAUGCAACAGGCACGGUUAAUCAACAAGUAUUCGAAAUUAUUCAAGCGUAGUUCUCAGGAUCCACCUAUAUCAAUACCUCUAGUCAAUGAAUUUAAUAUGGAUUGUAGCUAUUAUGGUUUAAUAAUAAUCGGUGGUCAAUCUUUUACUGUAGAUUUUGACACUGGCUCUAGCGAUCUUUGGGUUCCUGCUAUUCAAUGUAAAUUCUCCGAAUGCGGUUAUCAUAAUAGAUUUGAUCCGAAAAAGUCUCCUACUUUUGUCCCUGCUCCUCAUCCAAAUCAUUUUACAAUAUAUUAUGGCUAUGAUUCAUCUACCAUUCGUGGUUAUAUAGGUCAAGACUCUGUUAAUCUUGGUGGGAUAUCUGUAAUAAAUCAAACUUUUGGUUUAGCAAUAGUUGAUGAUUUUAAUUUGGUACUUGAAGAAGAUGGUAUUUUAGGUCUUUCAUUCCCUCAACUUAGUACAUUUAAAGUUCCUUGUGUUAUUCAAUCAAUGAAGGAUCAAAACUUGAUUGAUCAUUCUAUAAUUGCCUUUCAUUUGGGAAGAUACAAAUUAGAUCAUAGCGAUAAGAGUUUUAUGAAUCUUGGUGCCAUUGAUCCAAAUGCGUAUGUGGGUGAGAUUGUAUAUAAUAAUAUACUUGACAAUUUAUUAGGAUCUUUGGGAUACUGGGUAAUUAUGAUGGAUGAUCUUUAUGUUGAUAAAUUUUCAAUGGGUGCUACUAAUUCAUCUGCUAUCAUUGACACUGGAACUGCUAGUAUUUGGGGUGACUCUUCAUUUGUUAAGGAUAUCCAUCAUAACAUCCCCGGUUCUUAUUUUGAUGGCUAUUUAUGGUAUAUUCCAUGUGAUACAAAAACUGUAGUUUCUCUAGUAUUCAAUGGUGUAGUAUAUGAAAUCAAUCCUAUAGAGCUAGUUGUACAGGAAGUAAUGGUAGGUCCAUUGUGUCAAUCUGUCUUUCAGGAAAAUCCGAAGGGUUUUCCGAGGAAAUUUUGGUUAGUUGGUGCCUUUUUUUUGUCAAACGUUUAUAGCGUUUUUGAUUUUGAUAAUCGUCAAAUUGGAUUUGCUAAAGCUAAAGGUGAAGCAAAAUACGGAGUGAUAAGCCAAUUCCCUGUGAUAGAUUCACCUAGAGAUCCACUUGAACCAUAUAAAAUGACAUCUGAACGGUCAUUUGAACAUUUUGAAGUUGGUUAUUCAAAGUUUGGAUUAAAACGUUAUAAUAUUACAGUUGAAUUAGCGGCUAGUAAAAGAACAGGUCUUCAUAGAUACACUUUUCCUCCAACCAAACAUAAAGCUAAAAUUGUUAUUGAUUUGCCUCAUAAUCUUAUUGUACCUAAUUAUGCUUUUACUCAUAAGUAUCUCGGUGGGGCAAUACAAUCUAUCUCACUUAAUCAAGUAAAAGGUGCAGCCCGCUAUCGCGGAGGUUGGAACCAAGGAGGCCCUUAUAUAGUUUAUUUUUGUUCCCAAUUUAACAUUAAUGCUAUAGAAUUUGAGACCUGGGCAGACAAUAAUUUUAAUAUUCGAAAACAAAUUUACUUUGAUGGAAAAACCCAUUUUGGUAAAAUUGAUGGUGCUAUUUUAACGUUUAAUGUUAGAAAAAAUCCGGUAAUCAUAUCAAGAGUUGGAAUUUCAUUUAUUUCGGCUGAUCAAGCUUGUAAUAAUGCUGAAAGUGAGAUUCCAUAUUGGGAUUUUGAGAAGACUAAACAAGAAACUGUAAAUGCUUGGCAAAAAGAAUUAGAAAAGAUAUAUGUUGAGGGAGGAACUGAUGAAUUAAAAACAAUUUUUUAUAGUGGCUUAUACAGAACCAUGAUUAUGCCUAGUGAUAGAACUGGUGAGAAUCCAAAAUGGCAAUCAUUUGAUAAAAAUGGUAAUCUAAUACCACAUUAUGGAGAUUUCUACGCUUUGUUGAAUGAAGCUGAAAUUCUCUGA